AUGAAGAGAUGUGAUUUAUGUUAAAUGGGUGCAAGAAGAAAGAUGAGAGAAUAUUUAUAAGAGAAAUACUUUGAAGCAUUUAAUUUCUACUUUGCAAAACCAAUAAAUGAAAUAAUAGCAUAGAUUCCUCAUGCCCCUCAUGUAAUAUAUUUUAAGGAUUAUGUAAUAUUAGAUGAGAGGAUGGAAUAUUUGAAAAGGUAUAUGGAAUUGGUAAUGUUAUAUUAAAAGAUUCUAUAAUUAAGAAGAAGUUAAGCCACGUUUAGAUAUACUUACAGAGUUUUACAUUUAGAAUUAUAAACAUAUGCAUCCAAACUUAAGUGCAACAGAUGCUUUUAAAAUUAUGAAUAAGAGAAACAAUAGAUACGAUAAAUUGUUUUAUUAGAAAGAUCGAGAAUAGACUCAAUAAUAAGUUAUUAGUCGAUAAGUAUUGAAUUCAAAAUUGACAGAUAAUAUAAGUUUCGAAACUCAAGAACAUGACAUUUAUGAAGAAGGAACUUAAGAAUUUAAUAAAUAAGGUUUUGAUUUAAAAGGAUUAUAGAUAAUUAGAAAUCUAAAAUAAUUGAAUCAAUCUGAAUAAUCAGACAUCACUUUAAAAGAUUGCAUUGUAUAAGUUAAUCAAUUAUAUACCAAACAUAAAAAACAAUCUAUUAAUUCAAAAAGUAUCAAACUCAAGUACACUGAGAGCAAUAAGAAAGGUAUAAUCAAAUUUAUUAUAUAUAGGGAACAAUUCUAAAAGUGAAUCCAAAAUAUCUUCAAAUACCAAACAAAUUAAAGAUGAACCUUUAGAAUUAGGAAAUGCAGUUCAACAAUUUAAUGAUUUUGAUACUAAACCUAAAUUAACAAGAAUGUAGAGUGAUUCAUAAACCAUUUAAAGAAUGCUAAAAGAAUAUUAGAAAAUGAAACAAUUAAGAAGUGCAGUCUCAUCAGAUUUAUUACCUAUCAGUACUUCUGUUUAAGGAUUUUAAGGUUAAUAAAAAAGUAUUAGAUAAGAUCAUAAUAAUAAUAAUGGAAGUAUGCAUAGUAGUACCUCAACUAAACAAGAUGUUCUCAAAAAAGUUUAUUAACCUUUGCCCAAAAAAAUUACAAUUCAUCAAAUUGAUAAAAUUGCCAAAGGUGGUUGUUUAACUGAUAGAACUUUCAAAAGACCACCUCCUAUUUCUGAAGAUCUUAUGCUUAAAAUUCAUGAUUAAAUUAAAGGUUUAAAUACUGUUGAAACUAAAUAAAAAGUUGAAUUUAAAUAUAUGAUUCCAUCAUAGUAUAAUUCAUAAUAAAAUUAAAAAUUACUAAGUACUAAAGCUAAAUCAUCUAAUUCUAAAAAAAUUAUUAGCGAAUUAGGUACUAAAUCAUAACAUAUUAAUAAAUAAACUAUACAAAAAGCAGAUGAAAUUGUUAAAAAAUAUAUUCAAUUUGCUUAAUAAACUAUGAAGAAAAAAUUUGAUUUUAAACUUAAUUUAUAAGGAUUAAAUGAAGAACCUUAAGAAGAAGAAAUUUGUAAUUUAUUUAUUAUUAAUUCUUUAAGCCAGCAAACGAAACAAUUUCUAUACAGAAAGACAUAGUCAAGUCUAAGAUAGAGAAUAAUUCAUUUCUCAUAGAAAAAUCUUAUAAAAAUGA